AUGAUUAGAUGUGCCGUUGCAUUCCUCUUGAUCGCGGGAGAGAGCUCGAAUCGCUUGGAUCGCUUGGUUGUUACGACCGAUGAGGUGGACAAGCCAUCCUAUGGAGUCUAUGAAGUUAAAGACCGUGAUCACUUCCCACACUCGGAGUUCAUCGAUGCACCCAUGUUGAUCAAGACAAAAAUCACACGGCAAGGGACAUACUACAUGCCUUAUUGCUCAGACUACCUCCAAUCUGUUGAAAUAGCUCGUUUUAUCACCAAAGGACUAACGGAAAUCACACAACUGGCCCACCUCGGGCUUACCCACGAUACACGGAUGGAAAAAAAGUGUCUGACAUACCUAUCUUCUAUAUACAGGCCAGAACUAGAAAUAAUCCUGGACCUAGCAUUUAAGGGUAUUAUUGCGGUAGAUGGACCAUACAAAGCGUUUGCACCGCAAAUGGCCGAUCAGCCGAUUGUGGUAACCCACGACCAACCUAUGGAAAUGAGAUCGCUGGUCCUAAACGGAGAGAUGUUCGCGAGAAGUGGCACAGAGCUUGAACAGAAUGCACUGGCUUGGUACCAUGGUCAUUUGCAUCUAUUCAAGCAGAACCUAAAAACAAGCGAGUGGACCCCAGUCACGCAGAUAGGAUCGGAGGUUGAGAACGGAUCAUUGAUUACGAAUCACAUUUUAGAGGCACUUCCUAACUCUAAGCGUUCAUGGACGGAAUUUUAUGAAAUGAAGAAAGAUAUUAUUGAGGCUUAUGAGCCCCCGAAUAGCAAAGGAAAUACAAGAUAUGACAUCUACUCUAAAGAAAUCUAUAAUUUUCUUAAUUCUAUCGAAAUACACGAUAUUAACUUGUUACAUAAUUAUCCAUUCUUGGAUUUUGAAUACAGUCGAUAUCUUUCGGACAUUUAUAAAAAUUCUCCAUAUUAUUUGGGCAAAAAAUUACGAACUUUACGUCACCUAUUAACUUGGAGCCGGAAGGUUUAUCACCAAAGAUUGAUUUCAUUUCGAGUAAUGGGCACCACCGGUCCAUUCGAAGAGAAGAAAACCACAUAA